AUGCCAGAUUUGCAAGUUGGAGUUCGGCGAUCACAGAGGGUCAGAAAUAACCAGAACCCUUCUGGUGUAGUUGCUACGGCGACACGUGGUGGUAGGAGAGGACGUGGCAGAGGAAGGGGCUGCAGAGUGAUGAAUCACAACGAUAAUGGCAAGCUUUUGGGUCACGUUCGCCCAGGUUUGGAAAUGCCAGUUAGGCAACCAGUUGAGAGAAGUGCUGAAAAAUUGGUCGUUGGUGAAGACGAAGGCAGCACAAGUCCUCUACCUGAACGGGUGAAACUUGGGAACUCUCCGGUGUACAAGGUAGACAGAAAGCUUGGGAAAGGAGGCUUUGGGCAAGUUUAUGUUGGAAGAAGGGUGUCGGGCGGCGCUGGGCGCUCAGGCCCUGAUGCUUAUGAGCUUGCUUUGAAAUUUGAGCACAAGAAUAGUAAAGGAUGCAAUUAUGGUCCUCCCUAUGAGUGGCAAGUUUAUAGCACCCUCAAUGGUUGUUAUGGGCUUCCCUUAGUCCAUUACAAAGGCCAACAAGGAGAUUACUAUAUCCUCGUAAUGGACAUGCUUGGGCCGAGCCUGUGGGAUGUUUGGAACUCUAACAAUCAAAUGCUUUCUGAACAGAUGGUUGCUUGUAUAGCAGUGGAGUCAAUAUCCAUUUUAGAACAGCUGCACUCAAGAGGCUUUGUGCACGGAGAUGUUAAGCCAGAGAACUUUUUGCUCGGUCAGCCUGGAACACCUGAGGAGAAGAAAUUGUAUCUAAUCGAUCUCGGUUUGGCUUCAAGGUGGAAGGAUUCAGCAUCUGGUCGCCAUGUGGAUUAUGACCAAAAGCCUGAUGUUUUUAGAGGCACCGUGCGCUAUGCUAGUGUACAUGCACAUUUGGGUAGGACAGGGAGCCGUAGGGAUGACCUUGAGUCCCUAGCUUACACCUUAGUAUUCCUUCUUAGGGGAAAGCUUCCAUGGCAAGGCUACGUGGGUGAAAAUAAAGGAUUUCUUGUCUGUAAGAAGAAGAUUGCUACUUCUCCUGAGAUGCUGUGUUGCUUGUGCCCUCCUCCAUUUCAACAUUUUCUUGAAAUGGUCACCAAUAUGAAAUUUGACGAAGAACCAAAUUACUCAAAGCUCAUAUCCAUUUUUGAUAACAGUAUAGGCUCCAAUGUCUUGCUACGGCCGAUUCUAACUGAUGGGGCCAUAAAGGCUGGCCAAAAGAGGGGAAGGUCUCUUGUUGACUUGGGAGACGAGGGCCAACCGAAAAAGAAAAUUAGGCUCGGGACCCCUGCCACACAGUGGAUUUCAGUAUACAAUUGUAGAAAUUCAAUGAAGCAGAGGUAUCAUUAUAAUGUUGUAGAUUCAAGGCUUGGGCAGCAUGUUGACAAAGGAAGGGAAGAUGGUCUAUUCAUUAGCUGCAUCGCUUCAUCUGCCAAUUUGUGGGCAGUUGUCAUGGAUGCAGGAACUGGGUUCAGUGCCCAGGUUUAUGAAUUAUCUCCCAUUUUCUUGCCCAAGGAGUGGAUAAUGGAGCAGUGGGACAAGAACUUUUACAUAACUUCUAUAGCUGGGACAACUAAUGGAAGUUCGUUGGUGGUUAUGUCAAAGGGGACUGCAUAUACACAACAAUCCUACAAAGUUAGUGAUGUAUUUCCUUUUAAAUGGAUCAAUAAAAAAUGGAAAGAAGGAUUCUCUGUUACCUCAAUGACAACUGCAGGCAGUAAGUGGGGGAUUGUCAUGUCCAGGAAUGCGGGUUAUCCAAACCAGGUGGUUGAACUCGAUUUCCUUUACCCUAGUGAAGGGAUCCAUAGAAGAUGGGAGAAUGGAUACCGAAUUACUGCAGCAGCAGCUACAGCCGACCAGGCUGCGUUCAUACUUAGUACCCCCAAGAAGAAAACACCAGAAGUUGCUCAAGAAACCUUGAGGACUUCUGCUUUUCCUAGUACCCACGUUAAGGAUAAAUGGUCAAAGAAUCUGUAUAUUGCCUCAAUAUGCUACGGAAGAACGGUAUCCUAA